AUGGAUUCUCUUUUACAAAAGUUCAAUGAAUCAAGACCAGAUGACCCUGUCUCUGUAUCUAGAAAGACAGUAAAGGAAACCACCAAUUCUAAAAAUCGUUUCCUUUUACCAUAUGAGUCAAGGAAUUACGACCCUCAAUUCUACCACAUUUAUCAAAAUCGUUUGAACAUUCUGAGGGGAAGAGUUCAAAUAGAAUGUGAAAAGAAAUGGGAUAAUGGGUUUAAGUUAAAUGGGAAGACAGUAGUGAAAAAGGAAAGAGUGUUGGAUAUUCAAGGUGAAGAGCCAUGCUGGUGUGUAGGAACUAUCUACUGUGAAAUGAAAUAUAAACCCAAUAUCUUACAAGAUGUCAUAAACGAUACAUUCGGUGCUCCAGAUCUGGUGAAGAGUUAUACAGAUCCUGAUGGAUCGGAUGAGAUAAUGUUAGAAGAUGAAAGUGGUAGAGUUCUCUUAGUAGGUGAUUUUAUUGGAACUGCGCCUUUGAUUUCCGGUACAGUAGUUGGUUUGUUAGGUAUGGAAGCCGAGGCAGGAACGUUUCAAGUACUAGAUAUUUGCUACCCUACUGCGAUCCCACAAAAGUCUCUACCAGUAUCAACUGCCCAAGAUGAUGAAUAUAUUGCAUUUGUGUCUGGUUUUAAUAUAAAUACUAAUAACCCUGCCCGUAAUUUGAAGCUGAAACUAUUACAAGAAUAUUUGAUGGGGGAUCUUUCUUCUGAUGAUAGAAUUGCAAAAAUUGGUAAAUUAAUAAUAUGUGGUAAUUUAGUAGAAUUUAAUGCUCGUGAGAAGAACGUUGGAGAAGUAUUAAAAAGUUUAGAGGAUUUAGGUGAUUUCUUAGCCAAUACGUUACAGACCAUAUCUGUUGAUAUAAUGCCAGGACCAACAGACCCAAGUGAUAAGACGUUACCACAACAACCUUUGAACAAAGCAUUAUUUAAGGAAUCAUUAAGACCAUAUUUCAAUCACAUUAAUGAUGAAAUUUUAAAUCUUGUGACAAAUCCAUACAAUUUCCAAAUAAAUGAUAUUGAAAUCUUGACGACAUCAGGGCAAAAUAUAGAUGAUAUUGUUAAAUAUAUUGUACCGUAUCUAGAAAAGAACUCACAGGAGACUGAAAAUGAAGAUGUUGAUAUGGAUGCUAAAAAAUAUCCAGAAGAUUCAAUUGAACAUAGACUUGAUUUGAUGGAAUGUACAAUGAAAUGGCAAAAUAUUAUACCAACUGCACCUGAUACGUUAGGUUGUUAUCCAUACACAAAAGAGGAUCCCUUUAUUUUAGAAGAAUGGCCACACUUAUACGUUAUCUCUAACCAAUCAAGGUAUGCACGUAGAGAUAUAAAAUUAGACGAUGGUAAAACUACUGUAAGGAUGGUUACGGUUCCUGAAUUUUCACAAACUGGUCAAAUUGUCUUACUAAACUUAAAGGAUUUGAGCACAGAUGUCGUGAAUAUACAAUUAUGA